AUGAAUUUUUUGAGUGGCAGAGGAAUCCUUUUGGACGGCGCGCGUCGGCUUGUCCCUGUGCGCACUUCCUUGCAACGCACAUAUCCAUUCACCAAGGGACACACGGCGCAUUUCAGUUCUGCAAAAUUGCCCAAGCUCCCUCUUCACGGAAUUCGAGUUCUGGAUCUGUCUAGGGUUCUAGCUGGUCCAUAUUGUACCCAAAUACUGGGGGAUUUAGGGGCCGAAAUCGUCAAAAUCGAGCAUCCCACCCGAGGUGAUGAUACACGGGCAUGGGGCCCGCCGUAUGCUCCAUACCAAGACAAAUCUGGAGGCGAGAGUGCCUACUAUCUUGCCGCAAAUCGAAACAAGAAGUCUCUGGGACUCUCAUUCAAAGAACCCAAGGGUGUUGAAAUUCUGCAUAAGCUUGCCGCAGAAAGCGACGUGAUUGUGGAGAACUAUCUUCCUGGAACUUUGGCAAAGUACGGCUUAGAUUACAAAACUCUAUCAAAGCUCAACCCUCGAUUGAUUUAUGCAAGCAUUACGGGAUACGGCCAGACGGGCCCGUACAGCAAUCGUCCUGGCUUCGAUGUCAUGGUAGAAGCGGAAAUGGGAUUGAUGCAUAUCACGGGCAGUAGAAAUGGGCCACCUGUCAAGGUCGGUGUUGCCAUUACUGACCUUACAACGGGCAUGUAUGCUGCGAACAGCAUUCUUGCCGCUAUCAUUGAGCGAGCCAGUUCCAACGAAGGACAGUACUUGGACGUUUGUCUGAGUGACUGUCAGGUUGCGACCCUGAGCAACAUGGCUGAGUCGGUAUUAGUUACCGGUGAAAGAGAUACUGGGAGAUGGGGCACUGCGCAUCCAUCUGUCGUGCCUUACCGAGCUUUCAAGACAUCUGAUGGUGAUAUUUUGAUCGGAGGUGCAAACGAUCGACUCUUUGGUUUGCUCUGUAAUGGCCUAGGUCAUCCGGAGUGGGCAACAGACAGCCGCUUCGCCAACAACGCUUCCCGCGUUUUGAACCGAGAUGUCUUAGAGCCCAUGAUUGAAGGCGUUACUUCAAGUAAAUCCACAAAAGAAUGGCUGGGUCUCUUUGAGGGCACGGGCUUACCCUACGCCAAGGUCAACGAUCUCAAAGAUACCCUCACACAUGAGCACGUACUUGCAAGAAACAUGAUUGUUGAAGUUGAGCAUCCAGCCUGUGGCACACUUAAGCUGCUGAACAGUCCUGUGAAGUUCUCGCGGACACAGCCUACUAUUCGAUCACCACCGCCACUCCUUGGUCAACACACAGAUGAACUUUUGAAGCAUCGUCUUAGGCUGAAUGAGAAUGAGAUCAAGCAGUUGCGAGAGGGAGGAGUUGUGUCGUGA